AUGGCUGACCACCAUUCUGUGGACUCUUCUACCCUGCUUAUCACCCCUAUCUUUUCCAUCCUUAUGAGUUCUUUCCUCCCUAAAUUCCAACCCCUCCUCACCGUGCGCCGCGGGUGUCUAAUCAGCGAGCUGGACUAUUUGGACGACCCAUCAUGUGGCCUGUUGGAACUUGAAGAAACUCAAGCACUCACUGCCCACGCUCUCCACCAGUACAAAGGUCGAUGUGGCCUGCCUCUCGGAAACCAUGGUCACACGUCUAUCAAGCGAUAUCAAGCGAAUAAGGCUCUCCUUGCCUGGAAACCAGUCUCUCCACGUCUUGCCCGUGUCCGUCUGCGAGGAGCCCUGUUCAACAUAUCCAUAAUAGCUGUUUAUGCCCCAACUCUUGAUGCUGAUGAAGUCACCAAGGACGUCUUUUACGACAGCCUCCAGACUGUUAUGAACGGCAUUUCUCCUAGAGACUUUGUGGUCAUUGCGGGUGAUUUCAAUGCGCGAACUGGUACCGGUGAUGCCAAUAACAGACAUAUUGUCGGACCAUUCGCUAUCGGUGACCGCUGCUCGAACGGAGAGCGGCUGAUCGACUUUGCUGCUGCAAACCGGCUUACUGUGUCAAGUACUCGAUUCCAGCACCUUCGGCGGCACCUGGUGACUUGGUACUCGAAUGACGGUGUCCUCGGAACCAAAUCGAUCAUAUCCUCGUCAAGUCACGGUGGGCCUCGAGUGUCCUGGACUGUCGCGCAUUCCGGGGAGCCGAAACAGGCAAUGAGCAUGGCUCCGACCAUGUCUUCGUUCGUUCAAAGAUGCGCCUUCGCAUGA